AAAGCUUAAGAAAGUUGUCGAAAGUGACGAGUCUGCUGAACUAGAGGAGGAAGAGCAGCUUGAGGAGGAAGAAGAAGAAGAGGAACCUCCUAAGAAAUUAAAGAAGAAAAAGGCUAAAAAACACAAAGCGUGAGUUUUUAACUGAUCUUCCUUUCAAUUGCCUGAGCCCCGAGCCCCGUCUGGCACAAUGGAGACCUUAUUACUUUAAUAAUUAUUAUCUGCCAGACGUGUAAACUUUAUUAUUUCAAAUUAAUUAUCUAUAUAAAAAUAUUGUUCUGACUAAACUUUCACUGUCUCCAAAAUAAAUUUUUAUAAUAUGACAGAAUAUAAGACUUAUGAGAGUCUAGCAGCAUAUUGUGUAAUACUCGGAUACACCCGGGUUCCUAUUAUCAUGGUUUCUCCCAAACUUAAAAUGACAGAAUUAUAAUACUUUUUUUUUCUUUUUUUAGAAAAAAGCUUCGUGUAUCGGCGUCGGAAGAUUCAGAAGACUCAGACGUCUCCGAUAUAUCAGAAGAGACUGCUGAGUCGGAUGAUUCUUCUGAGUCAGAGGGGGAUGGGCAAGAGGAAGAAACAGAUGAACAACCAUCCCUCUUAAAAUGGGCCAUGAAAUCAGCAGCAAAAAAGACUUCAAAAUUCAUCAAGAAAAAGCUUGAUGAUGCUAUGAAGUCAGAUGAGCCAGAUGAGGAAAGUAGCCCAGACAGGACUCCUGAAUCUGAGGAGACUGCUCAAUCUUCCUCUUAUGAAGAAGAAAAAUCAGAGGAAGAAGAAAUAGAUGAAGGCCCAGACCUCUUAAAACAGGUCUUUAAAUCAUCUAAAAAGGCUGCAAAAUACAUAGGUAAAAAGAUUGUGCAGUCAGCUAAGACAAAACAAGCUGAUACUGAGGAAGAUCAGUCAGACCGGGAUGAGGCUUCUGAAGGGGAGGAGCCUAGCGACCGAGAAGAAGAAGGACCAGGACCCUCCCAUUCACAGAAAGCCACAAAGGCUAAAGAAGGCACAAGGCAUGAAGACCAUAAGCUCCAUGGUGAGGAACACGAUCAUCUAAAAACACAUGACCAUGUGAAAAAGGAUGAUCAUUCAGAACAGCACCACCAUGAUGAGCAUGAACACAAGAGAAAAGAUCAUGUUGAUGAUCAUGUGGACGAGAAACAUGAUCAAGUACAUGAUGAAAAGAAAAGACACCAUGAAGCAGAGCAUGGUAAGGUCGAGCAUCAUGAAGAGAAAAAGCACCAUGAUGUGGACCAUGAUGAGCAUAAAAAGCAUCACAUGGUCGACCAUCAUGAAGAGAAAAAGCACCAUGAUGUAGACCAUGAUGAAAAGGAAAAGCAUCACAAGGCCGAGCAUCAUGAAGUGAAAAAGCACCAUGAUGUCGACCAUGAUGAAAAGGAAAAGCAUCACAAGGCCGAGCAUCAUGAAGUGAAAAAGCACCAUGAUGUCGACCAUGAUGAAAAGGAAAAGCAUCACAAGGCCGAGCAUCAUGAAGUGAAAAAGCACCAUGAUGUAGACCAUGAUGAAAAGGAAAAGCAUCACAAGGCCGAGCAUCAUGAAGUGAAAAAGCACCAUGAUGUAGACCAUGAUGAAAAGGAAAAGCAUCACAAGGCCGAGCAUCAUGAAGUGAAAAAGCACCAUGAUGUCGACCAUGAUGAACACAAAAAGCAUGACAAGGCCGAGCAUCAUGAAGAAAAAAAGCACCAUGAUGAAAAAGAAAAGCACCACAAGGCCGAACAUCAUGAAGCGAAAAAGCACCAUGAUGUCGACCAUGAUGAGCAUAAAAAGCAUCACAUGGUUGAGCAUCAUGAUGUGAAAAAGCACCAUGAUGAAAAGGACCACAAGGCCGAGCAUCAUGAUGUGAAAAAGCACCAUGAUGAAAAAGAAAAGCACCACAAGGCCGACCAUCAUGAAGAGAAAAAGCACCAUGAUGAAAAAGAAAAGCACCACAAGGCCGAGCAUCAUGAUGUGAAAAAGCACCAUGAUGAAAAGGAAAAGGACCACAAGGCUGAACAUCAUGAUGUGAAAAAGCACCAUGAUGUAGACCAUGAUGAGCAUAAAAAGCAUCACAUGGUCGAGCAUCAUGAAGUGAAAAAGCAUCAUGAUGAAAAGGAAAAGCACCACAAGGCCGACCAUCAUGAUGAGAGAAAGCACCAUGAUGAAAAGGAAAAGCACCACAAGGCCGACCAUCAUGAAGUGAAAAAGCACCAUGAUGAAAAGGAAAAGCACCACAAGGCCGACCAUCAUGAUGUGAAAAAGCACCAUGAUGUAGACCAUGAUGAGCAUAAAAAGCAUCACAUGGUCGAGCAUCAUGAAGUGAAAAAGCAUCAUGAUGAAAAGGAAAAGCACCACAAGGCCGACCAUCAUGAAGUGAAAAAGCACCAUGAUGAAAAGGAAAAGCACCACAAGGCCGACCAUCAUGAAGUGAAAAAGCACCAUGAUGAAAAGGAAAAGCACCACAAGGCCGACCAUCAUCAUGUGAAAAAGCACCAUGAUGUAGACCAUGAUGAGCAUAAAAAGCAUCACAUGGUCGAGCAUCAUGAAGUGAAAAAGCAUCAUGAUGAGCAUAAAAUGGCUGAGCAUGAUGACCAUCAUAAGAAGGAAAAGGCAGUCAAAAAGAAACAAAAGCCUAAGAAAAAGCUUAAAAGAAUUACUACGCACCAUGCCCACCACAGAGAAAGUUCUUCAAGUUCUUAUUCGGAGCCCGACUCUCCGGACUCCGAUGUGGAUUUGGGCGCCACCUUGGGUGCUUCCUGCAAGGCGUUGUUUACUAUUGGAAAGUGCGUUGGAAGAUGUGUUAUGAAGACGCCGAAAGUAUACAAAUUUCUGAAGGGGAAAGUAAAAUAUUUGAAGAAACUCAAGAAAGUCCUAGUAAAAGUAAUGCAUGUCUGUAAAAAGAUGGAGUGGGGUAAGAAAACUAAAACAGUAAGACAUGCAAUUGGCUGCACCAAAGGAAACAUGAAGAAGGCAUGGAAAAUGAGCAAAGCAGCGGGGAAGAAAGGCUACCACCUCUGCAAGAAGAUGCAUUUAGUGGCAGGCGCCAAAAGGGCGUACAAACUGUGCAAGUCCUGCUGGAAACACGUUCACGUGAAAAAGAUGUACAAACAGUGCAAGGCAGGCGCAAAAAAGACUUACAAACUGUGUAAGAUCUGCUGGAAGAAGUUCCACUUGACUAAGAGAGUGAAGCAAUGCUAUCAUUGCUCCAAGGCGACAGUCAAGUUAUGCAUAAAGUGCUUUAAGAUGUGCGAGCAAUGUGCUCAAUCAUUCGGCACGACAGUCGCAGAGACAGCGGCAUAAAGCAGUCAAAUCAUUUCAAGAAAAUAGUAAAGCUGCAUGAGCCUGGGAUUUAGGGUUGUGGAGGAGGGCCCAGGCCCACAUUUUGCAGUCAGUUAUCCCACUAAUUCAAGAAUAAGUUAUUAUCUUCAAGUAUCCAAGAAAAACAGACAUCACGAUACUGGAGACAAUACGACAAGAUUAAAAGUUUGGAUUACUUAUCUGUUGGCCAUGGGAAAUAGGGUUGAGGAGGAGGGCCCAGGCCCAGAUAUUGCACCAAGGCCUAUGGGCCAAGUUAUGGACUUUUGAAAAGUAGUUUCAAUCUGGAAGAAGCCAAGCAAACCGGAUUCCAAGAGAGCAGAGACUAUAAGUCAAGGUUAACUACUUAGUUUCAUUAUCUAUUGGCCCUGGGAAUUAGGGUUGAGGAGGAGGGCCCAGUGGACCACUAGCUAUGUCAAAAAAGAAGACAUCCAGAAACCUUGGCUACCUGCCGUCAGCAACAGUAUAAACACAUGAACAUUUGAUUCAUAGUUUUAUGCUUUUGUGAUGUUAUAAAUAAAAGUUUUUAACUCAAAAUAUAA